AUGUUUAUGGAGUUUUCCCUUCCCGUAAUCACGCUGUUCUUGGCCCUCAUCGCAGCUGCGGCAGGGGGUGUCCUGGGCGAUCUGUACGGCAGGAGGACCAUCAUGCUGCUGGCGUCCGUCUUCUACGUCUGUGGGCCGGCGCUUUCUGCGCUGGCCGCGGAUUUUGGUGCGCUGGCCACAGGCCGUGCUGUGCUGGGCGUCGGAGUGGGCCUCUCUUUCGUGUCCGUGCCGACCUACAUUCGCAGAGGUGGCUCCGCAGGACACGCGCGGCUUCCUGGUCGACCUCGCAGACUUCGUCGUGGUCGCGGGGCAGCUGCUCGCGGGCAUCGUGAACGGCCUGGUCUCCCAGAGCGGGCACGGCUGGCGCUGGAGCGUGGGGCUGGCCGCUGUCAUCGCGCUGGUCCAGCUGCCCCUGCUGCUAGCUCGGCCCCUGAGUCGCCCCGCUGGCUGCUCGCCAAGGGCCGGAGGGCGGAGGCGGAGGAGGUGCUCCGUUCUCUGAGGCCGGCGGGCGACGAGGGAGAGGCUUCCUUCAGGGAGGAGCUGCAGGCGGCGCUGGCGUCUGCAGAGGCAGAGAAGGCAGUGGGCUCUGAGACCUGGUGCACGAGCCGAGUGCGGCGAGCCAUCGUCAUCGGGUUUGGGCUCCAGAUGCUCAACCAGCUGACAGGCAUAAACACCGUCAUGUAUUUCGGGGCCAGUAUACUCGUCUCUGCGGGAUUCGACCAGACGCAAUCGAUAUGGCUAUCCUGCUUGUGCAAUUUUGCACAGGUCACGGGAGUUGCCAUUCAGCUUUGUCAGAUCGACACGAUGGGCCGUCGCUUUACAGCACUCACUUCGAGCGUCGGUGUUGUUCUCUCUCUGCUGCUGCUGGGAGUGGCUUUUCAUGCAAGCAAUCUCCAGUGGCUAUGUGUACUGGCAUUGAUGAGUUACCUGGUCUCCUUCGGCGCUGGAAUGUCGGGGGUUCCGUAUGUGGUGAACUCCGAAAUAUAUGGUGGCGGACCCCCUGGGCAUCCGGGUCCGCUGCAACUCCUUCGCAGGGGUCAGCAAUUGGGGCUUCAACUGGGUCGUGAGCACCACCUUCUCCAUCCGGAGGAGCAAAAAACGCACAGAGACACAACCCUUCGGAGCUCCGCACGGAUCUCUCGGGUCGUCGCUGGGCCCCCUCUCUGGCGCACAGAAACCGCGCCAGAGGCGGCGCUGGAGGCACCGUCACGGGGGCCUGGCGCCGAUACAGCACAUUCGCGUGGGGCUCUAUGGGGCUCUUGA